AUGUUCUACUUCCACUGUCCGCCUCAGCUGGACGGAGAGUGCUGUCGCUCCAACACGCUGAAUUCAGGCGGAUUUGGCAACCACGCCCCAACUGAUUUUGACGAUGGAUUUCUACGUAGGAAACAGCGCAGAAACAGAACAACAUUUACUUUGCAACAGUUGGAGGCUUUGGAGGCUGUUUUCGCCCAGACCCACUACCCGGACGUGUUCACGCGGGAGGAGCUGGCGAUGAAGAUCAACCUGACCGAGGCCAGGGUGCAGGUUUGGUUUCAGAACCGCAGAGCAAAGUGGAGGAAGACUGAGCGAGGGAGCUCGGACCCUGAAGGAGGGAAAGAGCAGAUGAGUGAGGGAACUCCUCCAUCUCGCAGCAUCAACUCUCAGUCCCCAGUGGACCAGGGCAGAAAACAUAAAGAACCACUGGAGAUGCAGCCAAGUAUCAACAGGACAGUGGGUCCUGGUGGUCCCUUCUUUCCAUCCUGCUUACCAGGCACCCUCCUUAACUCUGCCACCUAUGCCCAGGCUCUCUCGCAGGUCGCCACUCUGAAAGGUAAUGGCUUGUGCUCGUGCUGCGUUUCGGACCCCAUGGGCUUGUCCUUCCUGCCACCCUAUGGUUGUCAGGGUAACCGCACAGCCAGUGUGGCCGCCCUGCGCAUGAAGGCCCGUGAGCACUCUGAGGCUGUGCUGCAGUCUGCUAACCUGCUUGGUGCAGCAACCGGACCAGGUGCCAGCGUGGGAGUCCUGUCAGGAGUCGGCGUGAGCGCAGCCGGGGUGGUAAGACCCUCGGUGGGUCCUCCCAUUGAGGUGUCAGGUGCUGUCGGAAGAGGGAGAGAUAGCUCCAGUCCCACCUUGGCUUCCAAGGUCCCAGUCCUGGGCAGCAGUCCUGACAAGCACCCUCACUGCCCUAAGGAACCACUGGAGAAAAAGUGA